UCGAGCGAGGGCGCCAUGGCGGCGGCGGCGGUGAUGGUGAGCUCGGCCAGCGCGCUGCUGGCGAUGCUGCAGGAGCCGGCGGCCGAGCUCAAGCUGCACGCGCUCUCCAACCUCAACUCCUUCGUCCACGUCUUCUGGCCCGAGAUCUCCACCAGCGUCCCAGCCAUUGAGAGUUUGUAUGAAGAUGAGGAGUUCGACCAAAGGCAGCUUGCAGCACUGGUUGUUUCUAAGGUGUUUUACUACUUGGGCGAGCUAAAUGAUUCUCUGUCAUAUGCACUUGGCGCUGGACCCCUAUUUGAUGUCUCAGAGGAUUCUGAUUAUGCUAAUACGCUUUUAGCACGAGCAUUAGAUGAAUAUGCCAGCAUCAGGUCUAAGGCUUCCAAAGCUACAGGGGAGGAAGAAAUGAUGGAUCCGAGAUUGGAAGUAAUUGUGGAGAGAAUGCUAGACAAGUGUAUUCUCGAUGGCAAAUACCAACAGGCUAUGGGUAUGGCCGUUGAAUGCAGGCGGCUUGAUAAACUGGAGGAAGCAAUCACUCGAUCUGACAAUCUUCAUGGAGCUCUUUCUUACUGCAUAAAUCUAUCUCAUCAAUAUGUUGGCCAUCGUGAAUAUCGCUGUGAGAUUCUUCGUUGUCUUGUAAAAAUCUACCAGACAUUGUCAGAUCCGGAUUAUUUAAGCAUUUGCCAGUGUCUCAUGUUUCUGGAUGAGCAUGAGACUGUUGCAAAUAUCUUGUACACGCUGUUCUCUGGAAGCACGGACGAUACUCUCCUUGCAUACCAAAUUGCUUUUGAUCUUGUUGAAAAUGAAAAUCAGGCUUUUCUCCUGAAUGUGCGGAAUCACCUUGAUACAUUGUGUAUUCCUAAAUCGGCUCUACCAGGUGGUCAAACUGGUAAUGCUACAGAUCCAUCUGGGGAUACCCAGAUGGGAGAUGAUGUUGACAUAAUGAAUGGAAGUCCUCGGGUUGUGGAUCCAAUUGAAGAAGCACGUGCUGAUAGGUUGACAAAAAUUAGGGGGAUAUUGUCAGGGGAGACAUCUAUUCAGCUGACGUUACAGUUUUUAUAUAGCCAUAAUAGGUCUGAUCUUUUGAUCCUGAAGACUAUAAAGCAGGCUUUGGAAAUGAGGAACAGUGUUUGCCAUAGUGCAACUAUAUGUUCCAACGCAAUCAUGCAUGCAGGAACAACAGUUGAUACCUUCCUCAGAGAAAACUUGGAAUGGUUAAGUAGGGCAACCAAUUGGGCUAAGUUCAGUGCCACUGCUGGACUAGGUGUUAUUCAUAGAGGCCACCUUCAGCAAGGCAGAGCUUUGAUGGCUCCCUAUCUGCCACAGGGUGGUGCUGCAGGCGGUGGCAGUCCAUACUCAGAAGGUGGUGCCCUCUAUGCUCUGGGCUUGAUUCAUGCCAACCAUGGAGAGGGAAUCACACAUUUUCUUCGUGAGAGCCUUCGCAAUACUAGUUCUGAGGUAUUAUUUCAGACCAUUGUUAUUUUUUUUUCUUCUGUAACUGUUUCACUUAUUAUUUUUUAUAUAUAUCUGAAUCCAUACCAUAUUAUACAGGUUGUCCAGCAUGGUGCCUGUUUAGGACUUGGGCUUGCCGGUUUAGGCACAGCUGAUGAGGAAAUAUUCGAGGACAUCAAGAAUGUUCUCUACACAGACAGUGCUGUGGCUAGUGAGGCAGCUGGUAUUGGUCUGGGCUUGCUUAUGGUUGGAACAGCCACUGAGAAGGCUGGAGAAAUGCUUGCCUAUGCACAUGAUACACAACAUGAGAAGAUUAUUAGGGGCUUGGCACUUGGAAUUGCAUUGACAGUGUAUGGAAGGGAAGAGGAAGCUGACACUUUGAUUGAACAAAUGACUAGAGAUCAAGAUCCCAUACUUCGCUAUGGUGGUAUGUAUGCAUUGGCUCUAGCAUACAGGGGAACCGCAAAUAACAAAGCUAUCCACCAGCUUUUGCAUUUUGCUGUGUCGGAUGUGAACGAUGAUGUGCGGAGGACCGCAGUAUUGGCUCUUGGCUUCGUCCUGUACAAUGAACCUGAGCAGACUCCCAGAAUUGUGUCCCUGCUCUCUGAGUCAUACAAUCCACAUGUCCGCUAUGGUGCAGCUCUAGCGGUCGGAAUCUCCUGUGCAGGAACAGGGUUAAACGAUGCAAUCUCCUUGCUGGAGCCUCUUACUUCUGAUGUUGUGGACUUUGUGCGUCAGGGCGCCCUCAUUGCAAUGGCAAUGGUCAUGAUCCAGACUAAUGAAUCGUAUGACCCUCGUGUUGGAACAUUCAGGCGUCAGUUGGAAAAAAUCGUUCUUGACAAACAUGAGGACACCAUGAGUAAGAUGGGUGCCAUACUGGCUUCUGGCAUCCUCGAUGCCGGUGGUAGGAACGUCACCAUCAAGCUCAAGUCGAGGUCAAAGCAUGACAAGCUCACUGCUGUUGUUGGCCUGGCUGUUUUCACACAGUUCUGGUACUGGUACCCGCUCACCUACUUCAUCAGCUUGGCCUUCUCUCCAACAGCCAUCAUUGGCCUGAACUCUGAUCUGCAAAUGCCAAAGCUCGAGUUUCUGUCGAAUGCUAAACCAUCACUCUUCGAUUACCCCAAGCCAACAACUCAGCAAACUGCAACUGCAACAGUUAAGCUGCCGACAGCCAUUUUGUCAACCUAUGCCAAGGCAAAAUCUAGGGCUUCGAAGAAGGACGCGGAGAAAGCUCAGGAGAAGGCAGAGGCAGCCGAGGGAAAGGCAGAGGCCCCACCCAGCGAAGACGCUUCUACGUCCAUGCAGGUUGACGGUGUUGCUGCGGAGAAGAAGGCGCCUGAACCAGAACCGACGUUCCAGAUCCUGGCAAACCCAGCCAGGGUUCUCCCUGCCCAGGAGAAGUUCAUAAAGUUCCUGGAGAGCAGCCGAUACGAGCCUGUGAAGGGUGCUCCCUCUGGGUUCGUCCUCCUGCGGGACCUCAGGCCAGAAGAUGCCGAGGAACUAGUCCUCGCUGACACCCCCUCGACAGUGGCGACGAAUGUCAGCGGCACUGCAGCUGCUAGCCCGGCCGUCGAGGAGGAGCCCCAGCCGCCCCAGCCUUUUGAGUACAGCCCGUGAUGUUGACUGAUGGAUUGAUUCACCCCCCCAUGAAAUGUUUGGGUUGUUUGUAAUUGUUGGCAGGAACUGAAUGUUUUGUUACGGCUAAUUCAUUUCUUUCAGUCGUUACAGGAAUGUCUUUGUAUAAUUCCUUUUGCUCUCCCAUCAUUUAGUGCAUUGGAAAUUCGGAAUUUUUGCUGUUUGAUUCUUUGUGUCGACACCGUGGGGCUGGACUAAAUAGAAUUUCACUUUGUUCUA